AAUUAUAGGAGUACCUGAUAGAAGAAUAGGAAAAGAAAUAAAAUUCCCUUGCCAAAAGACAUUCCGUCUCUCUCAGUUCCCUCUCUUUUCUCUUGCUUCCACUCUCUUACAGCACAUUACCGACCUCAUUUUUUUUAAAAAAAUCUCUGUUUUCUCUCUCUUAUCUCCGACGUCGUCUCGAUCCACGGUCCCUGACUUAAAGGCCUCCCAGACCCUUCAACUACGACGGAGAUUAUAUCAAACUGACACCAAAACUUAUCGCAUUGGGAGUUGUGUAUAAACCUCAGUCAGGAAUGCAAGGAGAUAUUAGGAAAUGGUUUAUGAAGGCCCAUGACAAAGGCAAUGGCACUGCUGCAAAGUCUGCACAACCUGCAACAGAUAUCAAACUUCCUUCAGUUGAAUCCAAGCCUGAAUUCCCUGUACAAGGAGGACAAGAUAAUUCAGGCAGAAGGAAAACUAGCAAGUAUUUUGCAAAGGAUAAACAACAGUCAAAAGCUGAAAAAGAAAUCGAGGAACUUCCAGCAAAGAGAAAAGCUCGAAAUGGCAGUGACCGAUCAACGAAAACACCUCCUUCAAAGAAAGUUCACAAAAUUGAGGACAAUGAAGAUGAUGAUGACGACGACGACGACGACUUUGUCAUGCCUGAUAAAAAGAAGAGUGCUGGUGAGGUCACUCCCAGUAAGAAAUCGAAGAAUGGUUCAGGUAGAGGUUUUGCUCAGAAAACGGUUGAUGACAAUGCUAGUAAUGAAGAUGAUGCAACCAAAUCUCCUCUUAAGUCUAGUGGAGGCCGUGGCGGAAGAGGUGGAUCAGCAGCAGUGUCUGGUGGAAGAGGCAGAGGAGUUGGACGGGGUGGAUUUAUGAAUUUUGGUGAAAGGAAAGAUCCUCCGCACAAAGGAGAAAAGGAUGUCCCUGAAGGUGCUCCUGAUUGUUUAGCUGGUCUGACUUUUGUAAUUAGUGGGACACUUGACAGUUUAGAAAGAGAAGAAGCAGAAGAUCUGAUUAAACGGCAUGGAGGCCGCAUUACUGGAUCUGUCAGCAAGAAAACUAAUUAUCUUUUAUGUGAUGAGGAUAUUGAGGGACGGAAAUCUAGCAAAGCCAAAGAGCUUUGUACUCCCUUCCUUACAGAGGAUGGAUUAUUUGAUUUGAUACGAUCAUCUAAUGCAAAGGCUUCAGUGCAAAAAGAGGCAAAGAAGCCUAUUGAGAAAGUUGCACUUCUGCCAAAGACAAGCCCUAAGAAAGCAGAAGUGAAAAGUACGAGCGUCACUUCAACAACAAUUGUGAGUCACAAAGAUUCAAUUGCUGGUACCUUUCCUGCAAAGAGAAAAGAACAAACUACCAAACUCAAUUCUCUUUCAUGGACAGAAAAAUAUAGACCAAAGGCUCCAAAUGAUAUUGUUGGGAAUCAGACACUGGUUAACCAACUACAUAAUUGGUUAAAAAAUUGGAAUCAGCAGUUCCUUAAUGCUGGAAACAGGGGAAAGAGCAAGAAACAAAAUGAUUCUAGUGCCAAAAAAGCUGUGCUAUUGAGUGGGACACCUGGUAUAGGGAAAACGACAUCAGCAAAGCUUGUUGCUCAGAUGCUAGGUUUCCAAGCAAUUGAGGUGAAUGCCAGUGACAGUAGAGGAAAGGCAGAUUCCAAGAUUAAUAAGGGAAUUGGUGGAAGCAAUGCAAACUGUAUAAAGGAACUUGUUAGCAAUGAAGCUUUGGGUGUUAAUAUGGAUAGGUCGAAGCAUCCAAAAACAGUUCUAAUCAUGGAUGAAGUAGAUGGGAUGUCUGCCGGAGAUAGAGGUGGAAUUGCUGAUCUUAUUGCUAGCAUAAAGAUAUCCAAAAUUCCUAUAAUCUGCAUUUGUAAUGAUCGUUACAGUCAGAAAAUUAAAAGUCUAGUGAACUACUGCUUGCUACUCAGUUUCCGGAAACCUACAAAGCAACAGAUGGCAAAAAGGUUAAUGCAAGUUGCAAAUGCAGAGGGCCUUCAAGUUAAUGAGAUCGCUCUUGAGGAACUUGCAGAAAGAGUGAAUGGAGAUUUGCGCAUGGCACUAAACCAAUUGCAAUAUAUGAGUCUCUCCAUGUCAGUCAUUAAAUAUGAUGAUGUUAGACAGCGCCUUCUUAGCAGUGCAAAGGAUGAAGAUAUUUCUCCCUUCACAGCUGUUGACAAGCUUUUUGGCUUUAAUGGAGGUAAGCUGAGAAUGGAUGAGCGGAUUGACCUCAGCAUGAGUGAUCUUGAUUUAGUUCCUCUUCUUAUUCAGGAGAAUUAUAUUAAUUAUAGGCCAAGUUCAGUUUGUAAGGAUGACAACGGGAUGAAACGAAUGAGCAUGAUUGCCCGUGCUGCUGAGUCUAUUGCUGAUGGAGAUAUAAUAAACGUGCAGAUUCGAAGAUAUAGACAGUGGCAACUCUCUCAAUCUGGUUCAGUAGCAUCCUGUAUUAUUCCUGCUGCAUUGUUGCAUGGACAGAGGGAGACACUUGAACAGGGAGAAAGGAACUUUAACAGAUUUGGUGGGUGGCUGGGUAAGAACUCAACUAUGGGAAAAAAUCUGAGGCUUUUGGAGGAUUUGCAUGUCCACCUUCUUGCUUCUCGUGAAUCUAAUUUGGGAAGGGACACUCUUCGCCUUCAAUAUUUUACUCUUCUUUUAAAACAAUUAACUGAGCCUCUUCGGAUACUGCCUAAGGAUGAAGCUGUUGAGAAGGUUGUGGAGUUCAUGAAUGUUUAUUCAAUUAGUCAGGAAGACAUUGAUACAAUUGUGGAGUUAUCGAAAUUUCAGGGGCAUAAAAAUCCGAUGGAUGGCAUUCCAUCUGCUGUGAAAGCAGCAUUGACCAGAGCAUAUAAAGGAAACAAACUGAUGUUACGAGCUGCAGAUUUAGUCCCACUUCCUGGUGUGAAAAAGGCCCCUAAGAAGCGUAUUGCAACAAUUCUAGAAUCAUCUGAUGAUGGUGUAGCAGGGGAAGAUGGCGAUGCAUUAGCAGAAAGCGAAGAACAAAACUCUUCUGAUGCAGAGGACUUAGGUAAAGAAGGGACUGUCAAUGGCGAGAAGCUGCAGUCUGAACUUGAUAGUUUGAAUUCAAAAGGAAUCAAAGUAGAGAUGGAACUAAAAGGCACGGCAAAUUCAAAUGCCAAGAGGACACCAUCAAGCAGAGGAAAAGGUGGGGCUGCUUCAUCUGCAGAAAAGAAGCCAGCAGGUAGAGGAAAAGAGUGUUCUGGAUCCACAGAGAAGGCUGGAUCUAAGAGAAAGAGAUAAAGAUGAUUAACAAGUUAAUUCCAACUUGUGCAAUGCUUGCGACUGCUGUAAGUUGGUUUCCUCUGCAGACUAUCAACUUUUUGUAUAUUAGUUGAUUGAAGUGGUAAAUGACUCUCACUAGGAGACAGCGGCUUCCUAUGGUGAUAAAUUCUGUAAAUCAGUUCCCCUUCGGGUAAAUAUUUUUCUAAGCCUUCCAAGUUUAUGGCAUUUAUGUUAAGCUAAGCUCUGGUAAGCUUCGCAUACUGUUCCAAGAA